UGAAGAGUAUCCCAAAAAUAGUAUGAGCUCGGAUGAUGAUGAAACCGGUGUCUAAGGGUGUGCCUAGAGAUGGCGACCCCCAAACAUACCUUAGAAUCACGUUGCCCCCCUCGGAUUUGAGUAGAUCUUGUACUUUCCAAAAGUCAACUAUGAAUAGUGUAUUUUGAGCUAAGAACGUAAGUCGUGUAAGGCAGCAAUGGAUGAAGAUGAAACUCAGGAUAUAAGCUCCCACACCGAGAUGAUGAAGCCCCAAGAAAAUCUCCAAAAUCCACCGAGCCGUUUAGGAGCUAAGAACAAAAAUUUCCGUCAAGUGAAUAGUAGAUGUGCGCUGUUUUUUACGGUUGUUUUGUGGAGAAGAAGAAUGGAUAUCCAAGAUAUUACACCCCAAAGAAGAUGGAAGGGUAAUAUAGAAGAUAUACAAACUUCGGUGGUGGAGGUGGUGGUGGUUUGCGGUGGUGGAGUGGUGGAGAACGGUCGUGAGAGAGCAAAGAUGACUGUUGGCCUCUUUGGAGAGAAAGCUCUC